AUGCCAGAGAAAGCAGCAGAGGACACCUCCAGCAUCCUGCGGUCGCCCAUGCCUGGAGCAGUGGUGGCUGUUUCUGUCAAGCCCGGGGACAUGGUAAGAGAUGGGAUCUAUGUGUCUGCGUUUUUGCUAUAUAUUCUGCACAACUUUCUCCGUGGUGCAGCUGAAACUGCAGGGCACCAGCUGACAGAUCAUGAAAGAAGGGAACUACUGGCAACAGCAGCUUCUUUGUAUGUGGCUGAACAACUGAGAUCGCAGCGAUUUCUAGGGACACCAAGAAUUCUUAUUGCUAAAUCAAAGAGAAGUAGCUGGGAGCUCUCUGUGCAUCUAGGGGAUGGGAUUUACCCUCUUGCAGUUUCAAAGGAUGGCUCAUCAUUUUCUGUGGAAGUUGAUGGGAUGAAACUAAACGUGACCAGCGAGUGGAACCUGGCUCUACCCUUGUUGUCUGUCACCAUCGAUGGCACUCAGAGGACUGUACAGAGGCUUUCUCGGGAUGCAUCUGGAAAGACAAGCAUUCAAUUUCUAGGCACAGUGGUAAGUACAGAUAACUAUUGUCAAGAGUUAUGUUGGUAGAGUAUCAUGUAAACA